AUGGCAUCCAAUCGACAAGAGCGUCUGCAGAUGCGCCAGCGCGGUGCUGGUACACGCAAAAUUCAAGCGGUCGAUUUUGGAUUUUCAUUCGGAUCGCCAACUGGUGGUGUUCCAGCACUCUCAAUUUCACAACAACUUGAAAGUGUUCCUGAAAAUACAAAUGCUGCUGAGUCAGUAGUCGAUACUGCGCUUCCAAACGCGACAGCGCCGGGCACUGAACAGCCAACACGAGAGACGCCGACAAGGAUACUGCGCAAUAGUAUAACUCCCACCGAAUCGCCGCGCAGGUCGAACAGGGUCUCGAUUGAGAGAGUUUCAACACCGAAUAACACAACCAAAGAACAGGAGCAAGGCCGCAGUAGUACAAAGAAUGAUGAUAUAAUUCGCCCGGCUACAGAAUUCGAACCGAUCGUGAACCCGUCGCCCGUGGCUAUACGUGAAGAUAGUACGCAUAACGAUGAGCAGAACGGCGUUGAUGAGAGUGAAGAACUCCCAGACGCACCCACAAUAGAUGUGGCUGGAGUUGCGGAUCUACCGGAGAAGAUUGUUGAGCAGGAUGCCCAACCUCAAGCAGUCGCAAAGGCCAGUAGAAGAGGAAGACCCAAGACGGCAAGGUUACAAGAAAAUGGAAUCGCAAGUCCAGAACAAACCGCCGAUCAAACAAGAAGGCUUUCAAGCAGGCAAAUUCAAGUCAACGGGUCGGAUCCUCCCGAUGAAAAUGCCAGCAACCAAGACGGUCAGCAGAGGGUGUCAAGGGCAAGAAGCAGACGAGGCUUAGAAAGGCAGCCAAUGGCAGAAACUGAGCCGGAAGCCGAUGAACUAGAACAGGCAAAUACGGUAACAGAGUCAAGCUCUUCGAAACGCGGAAGAAGGCGCAAAGAGCUAGAGCGACCUGAAACAGCGGGAACUGAGCCAGAACCUGCACAGAAAGACAGUGUACCAGAAUCAAGCUCGACCAAACGUGGACGCAGACGUCAGGGACCAGAGCACCCUCAACUCGAACAAGAACAGCAAGAUGAAGAACAAGACAACGAACCAACACAAAAGGCUCCACGAGGCAGAAGGAAGCGGGGCAGACCGUCAACAGCAGAGGUCGUUGAAGCCGAGGAGGUUCAGGAAGAGGAAGCUACGGUGCAAACCAGAGACAAACGCAAAGGGAAGAAUAGAGAAGUCGAACCUGAUGAAAGUCCCAGUGUUGAUGAAACGCAUGAGCGCGCUGGAAAGACCCAGAAGUCAAAAGAUCAAGCAAGGAGAAAAGAACCACCUGAAUUCGGCGAAAGUUCCCGACGCAGGGGUCGUCCAUCCCUCGGCAAGGGACAAGAGCCUCAGCCAGAAGCAGCAGCUACAGAAACUACAGAGACGAGAGCUGAAGCGAGUACCGAGCCAGAUCAACCAGCAAAGCGACGCCGUGGAAGACCAUCGGCCGCUGCUACGGAGGACACAACGACUAGUGGACAACGUACCACGCGACGGCGAGAACAAGAUGAUGGUCAAGAACCACGCCGACGCGAAGGUACCGUAGCAAUCACCGUCCACCGUCUCGCAAACACUCACACUCUGGACUCUACGCAUGCAACUUCAGACCCGUCCGACGAUGAGCAGGACUCAUCCGACGAACUCGAGGCCGUAGGCAAAGAGUUCCCCAGCCGCAACGGCGUCAACGCAGCCGACGUCUUGUCUCAGAUCUGCAAGGAGAUACUAGACAAACAUUUAACAACACUAGACAACAACAUCGCCAACGACGCAUCCAAUCAAGCCAAAAGGUCUGAAUAUGCGCGCCAACGCAAAACCAUCGAAGCGUACGGGACGCAAUUGGAGGGCCGACUAUUUGAGCUCAGCGAGUUACUGGAUAGCAACUUCUCACUGGGAGUGCAGCUGAAAAAGGCGAGGCGUGAGGCUGCUGAGAUGCGGAAUCGGCUACUGGAAGUACGCCAGCAGAGACAUGAUAUUACGCUACGCAUGGAUGCUGUGCGACGGAAACAUGGUGAGGAGGAGAAUGCGAAGAUGUCUCGCAACGCUAUCAACAACACACUGCACAACCUCGACCUAACGCUUGAUCGAAAUCGCAAUAGGGUAGACGACGAGGACGGAGUAUACGAAGGCAGUGGUGUAGCAGGUCUCGAAUUUCUACUUCGCAGCGUCUCGGAGAAUGUGAGUUCGGCCGCUGACGGGUCGUAUGGCGGAUUGUUGAGUCAGGUCAAGGCUUUCAAUGCGCAGUUGGAGAUGACGGCGAGGAAAUUAGAACGUUGA